AUGGUUCUUUCUGAAAAACAAAAAAAUGAACUUAAUCAAGCUAUAGCUGAAUAUCUAGUAACAAAUGGAUAUCCAAUAUCAUUCAAAGAAUUUUGCAGAGAAGCAAACCUUUCGUCCAAUGAAAGUGCAGAGAGGAAAGAUCAAUUGGAGAAGAAAUGGACUUCUGUCAUACGACUACAAAAGAAAGUCAUGGAUCUUGAAACAAAACUGCAAGAAGCUCUACAAGAAGCAACAACUGGUGGACCCACUCGAGAAAAACGUCAACCUGGAGAAUGGGUACCGCGUCCUCCCGAAAAAUUCGAAUUGAAAGGUCAUCGUGAUACGGUGACGCGUGUUGUCUUUCAUCCAACCUUCGAUGUUAUUGCAUCCGCUAGUGAAGAUGCAACUAUUAAAAUUUGGGAUUAUGAAUCAGGUGAAUAUGAACGGACUUUGAAAGGUCAUACAGCGCCGGUGCAAGAUAUCGCCUUUGAUCAUACAGGCAAAUGGCUUGUAUCGUGUUCUGCUGAUUUAAGUGUUCGUUUAUGGGAUUUCCAAAAUUAUCAAUGCGUGAAAACAAUGCAUGGUCACGAUCAUAAUGUAUCUUCGGUAACAUUUACUCCAAGUGGUGAUCACAUUAUUUCAUGCAGUCGAGAUAAAACUAUCAAAAUAUGGGAAGUGUCAACAACAUUUUGCGUCAAAUCCCUUGUUGGCCAUCGAGAAUGGGUACGCAUGAUACGUGUUUACCAAGAUGGUACAUUACUAGCCAGUUGCUCAGUCGAUCAUACUAUACGUAUUUGGUCGUUGCCGAAUGGUGAAUGUAAAAGUGAAUUACGCGGGCAUGACAAUGUAAUUGAAUGUAUUGCUUGGGCACCGGAUUCAGCCGGACCACACAUAUCUGAAUCGGUUUCAAAUGGUGGAUCUGAAACACAACCACGAUCUGGUCCUUAUCUUGUAUCCGGUGCACGUGAUAAGACAAUCCGAAUGUGGGAUGCAGUUAACGGUCUUUGCUUAUUUAUAUUGAAUGGUCAUGAUAACUGGGUUCGUGGCCUUCUGUUUCAUCCAGGUGGCAAAUACCUAUUGAGCUGUUCUGAUGACAAAACAUUACGUGUGUGGGAUAUCAAGAAUAAACGAAACACGAAAUCCAUCGAUGCUCAUACUCAUUUUUGUACUUCGCUUGAUAUGCAUCGAAAUAAACCCUUUGUGAUUACGGGUAGUGUUGAUACAUCAGUUAAAGUUUGGGAGUGCCGUUAA